UGCUUUUUGGACAACAGUCCUCUGGAAAGCCAAUGGCAUGGCCUCACCUCGCCAGGAUCCACCUGCUGCAGCAGGGGAGGAGCGGGGGACUGGUCAGACAGCGCACAACACCGGCCUUUUGGCUGGGGACUCCAUUGGGUGCUCAUCUCUGCUUGGGUGGUGACCCUGAGGACAACGCUUCGAUCGAGGAGAACUGCUGCAACUGCUGUGGCCGCCCAAGGACCGGCCCAACCUCUUUCACUUCACCCACGUCCCACACCUCGCACCACUGACAGCUGGAGCAGUGGUUCUACUGCUGGACACGUGCAGGUAUGUCUGUAUAACGGGGGAGACAGAUCCACGUCCAUCCCAGAGCUGCCUGUAAGAGGUCUGGGGGGAGCAUGGGGAACCCCGUGAGGGUGGGAGGGGCUCUGUCCUGCUUUCCCAGUGCAGUGGGGAAACUCCAGUCCCGAGUAGGGAUUGUCCCAGCAUCCUGCUGUCAGCCUGCCCGGGGCACCAGGCUCUGAGUGCUGAGCACCUUGUGGAGAUAACAGAGCUCUUGUUGCUCUGACUUUGGCUGGAUGUGAGUGCUUUCAGCUGGCAGACAGGAAGGCCAUGCUCAGCUCGGCGUUCUGACAACAGACAGCCAGGCACACACAGACAGACACACAGACAGACACACAGACACAUACACGCUGCGGUUCCACCUCCCGGCAGCGACGCGGUGCCCCUGGCAGCCACGGAGCGGAGGCUGCGCAGUGCCUGCGCGGUCGGGAGCGGCGGGGAGGGGGUGUGGAAGGCACGGGAACCGUGGGCUGAAGCGGGGGCCGGAGCAAAGAUGCUCCGCAGCUCGCCCAUGGGCCGGGUCGCAGCCGCCGCGCUCGCAGCGGGCAGAGCGCGGCACGCAGAGCAGCACGUGCUGCCGGCCCUGCCCUGCCCUGCGCUACUGCGGCGGUGCCGGGAGCAGAGCCGUAGGGCCGCGGAGCUGUUGGGAAGGGAAACCCAUGCCGGGCUGUCUCAGGUGCUAUGAGGGAUGCGCUGCCGGAAGCGCACGCUGCUGGGGCUGGCCCUGUGCCUGCCGCUCGGUCUGUGGCUGUUGUUCCGGGCCUCCGUGUCCGGCCUAGGCCUCUCUCCUUCCCUCCCCACCGUCAGCUGCACCGCCAGCUUCAACGCCUCCGCCUGGUUCAGCGCGCGCUACGAUGCGGCCGUGGGGCCUCUGCUGAGCGGCCCGGCCCACGAGCUCUCCCCGGACGUGGUUCACUGGUGGCUGACCCUGCAGGGCCCCUCCAGCAUCGCCCCGCUCCAGGCCAUCAUCCGGAAGCUCUUUGCUGUCCUCCCGGCCCCCAAUGGCAGCGUGUGGGACCCGUCACGCUGCAGGACGUGUGCCGUGGUGGGCAACUCGGGGCGGCUGAAGGGGUCCCGCCAUGGCCCGCAGAUCGAUGCCCACCACUGGGUGCUGAGGAUGAACAGAGCCAAGACAGCGGGCUUUGAGGUGGAUGUCGGUGCGAGGACGACCCAUCACUUCAUGUACCCAGAGAGUGCGAUGAACCUCUGGCCUGGUGUCCACCUUGUCCUUGUCCCCUUUAAGCCACUGGAUCUCAAGUGGGUGACCAGCGCCUUCUCCACAGGAGAGCUCACACACACCUACACAAGAGUGAAGCAGUUCAUCAAAGCUGACAGAAACAAGGUGCUGAUCCUGAGCCCAGCCUUCCUCAAGUACAUCCAUGAGAACUGGACGGAGCACCAUGGCAGGUCUCCGUGUUUGGCUUUGGAGCUGACAGCAAAGGGAACUGGCAUCACUACUGGGAAGAAAACCGCUGGUCUGGAGCCUUCCGCAGAACAAGGGUCCAUGAUGCUGAUGUCGAAUUCAGCCUCAUCCAGAGACUGGCAGCUGAAGGCAGAAUAUUGUUCUAUUAGUGACACGCACUCAAGAAACGAGGCCAAGCCGUUAGCACAAGAACCGGCGGCUGCAGCAGCUCUUUAGCUUGCUUCUGCCCCUCGCUGGCUGGGGCAGCCUACGCUUGGUGUGUGCUGUGCUGGUCCCACCAGCUCAGCACGGCAGACAGCAGUGAGCAUGAAUGGCAGUAGAGCUCUGCUAAGCCUGAGAGAUUCCUGCUGCAGGUCUUGGUCUUCUCCAGAGAGGACACAGAGGGGCAGGAGGGGGGCAAACCCCGUGCUUUCAGAGCCCUCAGUUCAGGUGCUACACAGCAGAGCGGCUGUAACUGGACGGUGCGCACACAGCCAGCUGCCAGUGCAGCUCUCAGGGGAUGGAGCUGAGAUGUCCACCCUCUGAUGGCACAGGGGGAGGUUCUUUGGGCAGGCGGAGAGUCUUAACAGAACUGAGGAAUAUAUUUUUAUAUUGCACCAAAGGAGAGUAAGGAACGAGAAAAUGAAGCGCGCGAAGUCCGAACGCAGCAGCAAUGAGUACAGCUGAAAUGACAUGUUGAAUAAACUUUGAAGGUCUACUGCUAACGUUUGUUUUACUUUCUGAGCUCUUGCUGCUCUGCACGGCUGAUCGCAGACCCUGACGCCCUCCUGACCAGGGAUGGGAGCCAUCACCGCCCCACACCUCAUUUGUUUUGCUGGUGCUGGUUGUUUAGCAAGCAUGUUGCAAAAUUCAAAAGCUGCAGCCAGUCCAAGCGGAUGCUACCAAAGCAGUUGCAAAGGCAGCAGGUUUUCAGAUGUUUUCUGAGGAACAUGCCAAGCAUGGGGCUGCUCAGAGCCCUGCUCCUUCAUCUGUGCCGCAGAGCGCAAUGACCAAGAGAGCAGCUGCUUGUUUCCUUUCAGUCCCAAACACCACUGUCCUUGAAUCAGAUCCAGCUUUUCCACGUCUGAAUCAUACUGAUCACGUGGAAAAGCACCAGAUCAGUCACAAGCUCCCAUUUUAACUGCAGGAAGACAUUACCACUCCCUAAGCUACUAACUUCAUCUGAUUCCUGCCUCUCCAGGCAGAAUCCCCACUUCUGUACCUGUUUUCUGUUUCUCUUUUCCGGAGCCUUCAGCAAUUUCUAUGCAGUUGUUCCAGUAUUCCAGCAUGGAGAUUCAUCACACACCUUAUCCACACAUCCAACUGCACCCAGGUUUUUGUAUGAUCUGUUUCGAAGCUCUCUUUAACUAAUUAAAAACAAGCUUCUGCUUACAAAUUGAUGGCAUUUAUCCUAAAGUUCUACCUUAGUUUAAA